AUGGCCAGCAGACUCCGCUCCUCCUCCCUGUGUCUCUCCCUCCUGCUCCCCGCUCUUUUGUUCCUCCACCUGCCUGGCAUGGUGAAAGGGGACUGCUGGCUGAUAGAGGGGGAUAAAGGCUACGUUUGGCUGGCUAUCUGCAGUCAGAACCAGCCACCGUAUGAGACCAUCCCCCAGCACAUCAACAGCACGGUUCAUGACUUGAGGUUGAAUGAGAACAAACUUAAGGCCGUGCUCUUUUCCUCCAUGUACCGCUUCACAAACCUCACCGACCUCAAUCUUACCAAGAAUGAGAUCAGCUACAUCGAGGAUGGGGCCUUCGCUGGACAGUCCAACCUGCAGGUUCUCCAGCUGGGCUACAACAAACUGACAAACUUGACUGAGGGCAUGUUGAGAGGUCUAGGUCGAAUGCAGUGCCUCUUCUUGCAACACAACCUCAUUGAGGUCAUUGCCAAAAAUGCCUUCUGGGAGUGCCCAAGCCUCAGCAGCCUUGACUUAUCUUCAAACAAGUUGGCCCGCCUAGAUCCCAAUACCUUUACAGAUCUCAACAGACUGAUGGUGUGUGAACUGGCAGGAAACCCGUUCCACUGUGGAUGUGAUCUCUACAGCUUUCUGACCUGGCUUGAGUCAUUUAACAACGUCACCCACACCUAUGACCGCCUCCAGUGCGAAACCCCUCCGGAAAUGAAUGGUUAUCCACUUCUAAGCCCAGUGCCUGGACAUGGAAGAAAUGCCCGAUACACUCUUUUAACCAUGUGUCGUGAUGGUGUGAUAAUUCCAGGGAUGACCUCCCAGACGCCAGAUCAGGAUGGCUCUGGGUUGGGUUACGAUAACCCAGACCAGGGUCUCUACCACCAGCCAACCAUUUUAUCAACUCCAGACCCCACUUAUAGCCAUCAGAUUUCUAUGAAGCUUCAAACUGUCGCCCCCUUCUCUGCUUCUCUAUUGGUGUUUAUCCCACGGCCCUUCAGUAAGAUGUACAUCCUUUCACAAUACAACCAAACUUUAGUUGCGGACGUAAAGACCCUUAAAAACAAGAGGGAAAUUGUCACUUUGGACAAGCUUAAACCCCACUCAAACUAUACGUUUUGUGUGGUUUCCAUAAGCAAGUUACAGCGCUACAACCACACCUGUGUGUCCUUUAUGACACGAGCUCUGGGGCUAGAAGACCAGCGAAAGAAUCCUUCUACAACCACCCACUACAUCAUGACCAUCUUGGGGUGUCUGUUUGGCAUGGUCAUUGUGCUUGGAUUUGUCUAUUACUGUCUCAGACGGCGGCGCAUCCAAGAAGAGAAGCAGAAGGCUAUAAGUGUGAAGAAAACUAUUCUGGAAAUGAGGUAUGGUCCAGAGGCUGCUGCCGCAGUGGCCAAUGACCCAGGAGCAAUGCAGCGUCUCCAGGAGCAGGCUCACCACCAGCACCACCAUUCAGGAGGAGCUGGAGGCAAGCUGCCUCAAUCUGCCUCCUCAAGCACAGGCAUGCUCCAUGGCUCAGCAAAUACUAGUUCCUCUCGCCUCUCCACCUUGCCACAGGUGGAAAAAAUGGCCACGGCCUUCACUGAGGCAAUUGGCAGCAAAGGUAACUACAUGGAUAUAAGGACACAAGGAAUAGCAGUGGAGGGCAGGGAAGGAGGGGCAGCUGGAGGCACAGGGGUAGGAGGGGAGGUAGUUGUGGAUAUGCGAGGUGGGGCUGAGAACGGGACAGAGGCUGGGGAGGAUUCGGAUGAUGAUGGCCGUGGCUCAGCAUCAGAGAUCUCCACCAUUGCCAAGGAAGUCGACAAGGUCAACCAGAUCAUCAACAACUGUAUAGAUGCCCUGAAGCUGGAUGCCUCUGCUAAUGUUGUGACCACAGCUGACAAUGCCAACUCUGUAUCCUGCUCCCAGCCUCCAGUUUGCAAUGCAUCCCUGCCCCGAAAUCUCCUGCCCCUCUCCCCAGGCCACCCUGGAGAUCAGAUCAUGGCUUCCUCCCCUAAGGUGCAUCCAAAGUCUCACCCCCAGCCUCAUCCUCAGCCACAUCCUCCUCAGCCACAUCCUCAACCACAUCCUCAGCCACAUCCUCAGCUACAUCAGCAGCCUCAUCCACCUUCCAUGGCUCCAGUGCCCCUGGUAAUGCCCCUGUCUGAGCGGCCUGGCAUCAGCGGUGGUGGAUUCCUCUCACCUCCUUACCGUGACCCACCUCCUGCUAAUGCAGUACGGCCCCUUCAGAGGCAGUUGAGUGCUGAUACGGCUGUGAAGAACCGUUGUAUUCCACCUCCUGGUGGAGCUGUGAAGGCUGCAAGGGUGUACAGUGUGGAUAUCCCUGAGAAGGCUGGUGAUCCUCCUAAGUACCCGACAGAAAAAAGCAGCCCUGUGGGUUGUGGUGGAGGAGGUGGAAGUGGAGGAAAUGGCGGAGUUGGGGGCUGCAACACCAAUGGAAUGGGAAACAUAAAUGGCGGUGGGGUGAGCGUGAAUGGGGGUGGGAUGGGUUGUAAUAACGUAAGUGGCGGUGGGAUGGUUGGUCCCGGACAGCAGCAGCACCACCUGGAGGUUCAGCCAGACUACCACAGCUCUGAGCACCGCCACUCCUUUCCUGCACUCUACUACGAGGGCGGGAACGAGUCACCUUCACCAGCCCAAAAGGCUUCAUUCCUUAAGCCGUUGGGCCGUGCCAAGAGGGAUGCCACCGCCACCUACUCCCAGCUCUCACCUUCUCGUCAUCACAACUACAACUCUGGUUACUCCUCCAGUCCGGAGUAUUCCUCUGAGAGCACACUGCGGAUCUGGGAGCGAUUCAGGCCUUACAAAAAAAGCCCCAGAGAGGAAGCGUCCUACAUAGCAGCAGGUCAUGCCCUGCGUAAGAAGGUGCAGUUUGCAAAGGAUGAGGACCUCCAUGAUAUUUUGGACUAUUGGAAGGGAGUAUCCGCUCAGCAGAAGCUGUGA